AGAGCAGUAGGUGUUCAAACAAAGCACAGAUGGAAAAGUUUAAAGCAAUUCUCAGUUUGGUUCAGAAGCAGCAGACGACCCUAAGUUUUGGGCUCGUUGCUUUGUUCACAGUUGGGGGAGAACAGAUAUUUUCAUCCAUUGUCUUCAGGUGUCCUUGUAGUUCCUGGAACUUUCUCUACGGCUGCGUUUUUCUUAUGGUGCCCUCUCUCGUGUUGCUGUUGCUGGGUUACCUGCUCAGCAACAAAACAUGGAGGCUUCUAACUGGCUGCUGUAUGAAUGCAUCCAAGAUAUUCAAGAUGAAUAAUAUUUGUGGCACUGUCAAAUCGCUCAUACAGAUUACUGUAAAUGCAUCGGUUGCCCCGCUCACCUGGAUUGGGGUAGCACUGCUGCACGGUAGUUAUUAUGAAUGUGCUAUGACUGGUUUUAACAAUACAGCCUACAUUCACAAGGUAUGCAAUGGCAAGUCUAAAUGUUUUGAAGACUUUCAUAAGCUGCCUUGUGAUGGUAAGUCUUCUUUGUCGGCAUCUGACAGGGAGGAUGUUUUACUGGAGAUACGAGCGCAGUCGCAAGUGCUGGGAUGGAUGCUGAUCGCGAGCAUCAUGGCCAUUGCUCUGGCCUUUACCUGUCUCUCCCGGUGCUGCUCCCCCGUCAGUUUUCUUCAGUUCAAAUUCUGGACGUCUUACACGCAUCAGGAGAACGAGCUGUUCGAAUGCCUUGCCACAGAACAUGCGAAGAACCUUGCCCAACAAAACAUCAGGAGCUUUUUUGAACCAGCAGAAGCUCCUGCAAUAGAGACGCCUGACAACAAAGCAUGGGAGAAAAUCUCAGCCCUGCACAAAUUUAGUACUAAAGAUAAUUACUAUAGCACAUUGCACAAAUAUGUUGAAAGCGGUGGUGAUAAUCAUAAGAAAUCAACAUGGUAACAGGUGUUGAGAUCUGUAACUGGUUUAGGAUCUAAAUAUAGGUUUAAUGGGCUAAUUUAGGAACUAAAAACAUGGUUACAACAAAGACCUGUAUUGGUAGGGCCAGCAUUGCCCACACCUGUACUAAAUUAAACCGCUUAAUACAAUUACAAAGGGUUUAUACAUAUAUAUAUAUAACUAUUGAG